GUGUGCGCGUGGGUGUGUGUGUGUGUGGGUGUGUGUGCGUGGGUCUGUUUUUCACCACACUUAUUUCACUAGCAUGCACAAACCCAAGCAACCAGUCACAGGCAUCACCGGAUCAUAGAAACAAUUUAUAUACUAACAUGUCUGUAUAGUCUCCACAAUUGUUCCUUUUAGUUUAGUAGUUGUUCACAUACAGAUUAAUUUAUCAAACUAGACUUUUAUUGUUUUUUAGUCUCUCUGUGUUAUGGAAACGAGCUGCAGAAAUCAUCACGCAGGGUGUUGACUGUGUGAAUGCCAUAGUGGGUGGAACACGCAACAUUACUGAGAGAGUUUCUGUAUUCCAGUGUGUGACCUGUUACUAUAACAACUAGGCAGAAAUAUUUAAAGAGCGGAAAAGAGGGUGGAUAAAUACCAUGGAGUGGAAUCACCCCACUGAUGUUGGGAGACAUUGCAGACUCAACAGUGACAUCAGAUAUAAGAGCAGCAGUCGGUGAUGUGGCCUUGAGCCUAUGGUGUCAGUCAAUGAGAUCAUGGAUGCUCUGGUCUUGCCCACAUUUCUGCCCAUUUCCCUGCGCCUCAACCUGGCUCUUCUCCAGAAAUAUGUCUGCCAGCCUUAAAUAAAUUAAAUAAAGACAUCAAUGGAGGUGAUUCUGCUUUUAGGGCUGUGGGGUAGAUAAAUCUGGUAGCCAUUCCUCCUCAUCUCCAUCGUAAAUGAUGCCCCUUGAUUCUAGAUACCAACUCUGGCAGCUUCUACUAUAUUGGAAAUACUCAACAGGUCAAAGACACUCUGUCAACUCUGUUGUGAAAAGACGGCCUGUGAAAGGACGGACUGCAGGAAGAUACAAAUGCUGAAAGCAUGUACCACCAGAGUCAAGAACACAUUCUUCCCUUGGUCACAGGCUCUUGAACAUAUCUCACAUGCUGAGAAUGAAAUCCCGAUCUUCCAAUGUACCUCAUUGCAGCCCUUGCACUUUAAAAAAAAUCUGCAUUUUCUCCAUAGCUGUAACACUACAUUCUGAACUUUUAUUUUCUCUUUUGCCUUAUUUGAUGUAUUCAUCUAUGGUAUGGUUUGCCUGAAUAGCACACUAAUGUUCUUCACUCUAUCUUGGUACAUGUGACAGUAAUGGAUACCAAUAUCUUCUGCAACCUUUUCCAGAUUUUCAAGUAAUCUCACAACUGAACAUAUCCAUCAAGCCAGAGGUCAUAGAAUGGUUUCAUGAUGCAAGUCAGAGAGAAUUCAGGGAGCAGUUAGUGCCUCAGUUCAAUGGCAGGGUGACGUCUUAUCCGCUGACCUUUGGAGGAGUAUUAACUUCUACAGUGUGAUUAGACAAAUAUGUAUGUCUGUCCUCAUACAUAUUUUUUGAAUGAUUACAAGGAUUUGCACUUUGUCACACUAGUCAAUUAUCUUACUGAAUUGAAACUCUUUCUCCUGAACUGAUAAUGUUUUAUUUCAGAUCUGUAGCAUCGACUGUGCUUUGCCUUAUUUACCCAGUAUCCUGACAGAUUAUUUCUUCACUGUUAGAUCUAUAUACCAAAGCCCCAAAACCACAGCACAGUGACAUUAUCUUUAUUGUGCAUCUCGCAGGGCACACUAAAGACGUGCAGGUUUUUAGACUUUUAGACUUAAAUACUCUGCUGAAACAGGCCCUUUGGCCCACCAAGUCCAUGCCGACCAGCGAUCAUCCCGUACACGCACUAUCCUACACACUAGGGCCAAUUUAUAAUUUUAUCGAAGCCAAUUAACCAACAAACCUGUAUGUCUUUGGAGUGUGGGAUGAAACUGGAGCACCCAGGGAAAAUCCACGUGGUCACAGGGAGAAGGUACAAACUGAACCCAGGUUUCUGGCGCUGUGUGGCAGCAGCUCUAAUGUUGCUCCCUUGUAGGUUAUUUGGCUGCUGUCUAUGGUCUCUAGUAUGUAGGGAGUGGGUGAUAAAGUGGGAUAACAUAGAACUAGUGUGAACGGAUGAUCGAUAGUCAGUGUGGACUCGGUAUGGCCAGGUUAAGAUUCAAACAUUUAGAAAAAACGGUGAAGGUUACAAAAUGGCACCUAAAAUGUGGCGACGCUUGUGUCCUGCCUCACUAUAGUCUAAUAUCUUACACUCUAGUCUAGUGCUUAGUAUGAAAGUGACAAACGUGUAGUAGAUUUGUCACUGAAUUGCAUUAAAAAAUAAGAGUUUCACUGUACUUAGGUACACAUGACAAUAAAGUACCAUUGAUAAAAAUUAAACUACUUUGCCAGUGAGUACCAUCUAUACAUUGUUAGCCUGUUGGGUAACAGAUAAACAUGGACGCAUGUGGUAAAUGAGGAGAGUCGUGGGAAAGGAAAGAAAUACCAGAGUGGACCAUUCGGCCCCUUGUCUGCUUCUUCAUUCAAAUAAAACCACUGGUAAUUUAUUACCUCCAGCGCUUUCCUGAGUUGAUCAAUGUUCCUUAAACAUAUUUUUAAAAACAACAGCUUCAAAAGGAUGUGCAGAGGAAGAGUUGAAAUUUAGUGGAUGUUACCUUGUCACCUUCCCCUCAGCUAACCAUGAACCAUUCUACAUUUCCUUGAGCAGCGUCUGCUCUGCUCAGUCUGAAGAAGGGUUUCGGCCCGAAACGUUGCCUAUUUCCUUCGCUCCAUAGAUGCUGCUGCACCCGCUGAGUUUCUCCAGCUUUUUUGUGUAACCCUCUGCUCUGCUCUGUUGUUUUCACACCUUGCCCUUCCAUAUCUCUAGUCUCUCUCUCCCCUGACUCUCAGCCUGAAGGAGGGUCUCGACCCGAAACGCCACCCAUUCCUUCUGUGCAGAGAUGCUGCCUGUCCAGUCCCCCUGAGUUACUCCAACACUCUGUGUCUACCUGUGGGGAUAAGUGAGUGCCCCAGGUGGGUUCUCUCUCACACACCUGUGUCUGCAGCUCCUGCCGCCUCCGCCCGCCUGCCGCUAGAUGGCGAUGCCGAGCGCUCCCCGGCCCGCCCACCGGUGACUAUGGCGGUCGCCAUGGAGACGAGGGCGGGGUGCGUUGGCCGGCGGGACGUUGGAGGAGAGGAGCUGGAGGACCGGGGCCGGGCGGGAGAGGACAGUCGAGUCGGCAACGCUGAGUGAGGGAGGUCGGGCGGGCAUGUCGCUGAGUGAACAGAGGCCGCUGCCCCGCGCCCUGGAGCCGGGCCCAGAGGCGCAGGCGGUGGCGAGGAUGCCGGCCUGGAAGCGGGAGAUCCUGGAGCGGCGCAAGGCCAAGCAGGCGAGCCCGGGCUGGGAGCGAGCUCGGGCCGGGAGCGCCCCUCACGCCCCUCACGGUGGCGGCUGGACACAAGGCCCGAGCCGGGGGCUGGGUGAGGACGAGGUGGAUGGCGGCGCCGUGCUGCUGGAGAACAUCGCUCCCGUUCAGGAGAACCCGUUCAUUAAGCGGGAGCGGUGGCAGCGGCAGCGGGAGCCGGCGGGUCUGGGUCUGGGGUCCGGCCCCGGCUCCGGCCGCUCUAUGCCGCAGCUCCUGGAGCUCUACAGCCAAAUCCCGGGGGUGCGCACCAUCCGCGCCGACAACAUCAUCAUCAUCGAGUCCGACCCCGACUACUUCACUGAGGUCGGCCUGAGGCACGACGACUCGUCCCGGCUGAGCGAGGCCGGCGUGGCCGAGAUCCGAGCCGCAGAGGUGUUCGUGUACGAGGCGCCGCUGAGCCGCAGCGAGGAGAACCUGAGCACGCUGGGCACGGAGGGCUCUGGACACCUGCACGGCAAGGUCAGCCGCCUGCUAGAGAAGUUCGACCAAAACUAUGUGAAGCCUGCCCGGUCGCGGAGCACGGAGAAUCUGCUGGACGGCAUCUCCGCCAAGGAACGACAGAGCAAGCCACUCUUGUUGCCAAAACCUCUGGUCCUUACAAAGCACAACCCAGGGCCAGUACGGCCCGACCCCCACUCCACAGCCUGGGGCUCCUCGCACUCGGAGUUUGCACGAUCACCUGACCCGGACAGCACGGCUCCCUCUCAUCCCAAAUCAUCUCCGCUCUUCUCCCCCACCAGGUAUUCCGCACCACUGUCCCCUGGGCGGAUGCCUUCUCUUUCCCAUGUUGCCUUAAAGGAUCAGGAUACCAGCAUUUCUGAAGAUCGUUCGUACUCGGUGUCUUCCUAUCGUAAGCAGUUUGAAGGUAUGCAUGCCGAUGGGUGGCAGAAGCAGUCGCUGGUUAGGAAAGUUCCGUCACACAAGAGUAACCAGAACACGUUGAAAGAUUGCGCCGAUAAGGAGAAUAAGGUCAUGGAGAAUGGUCACCCUGAGGUUGAUUUUGUGGGAAAUGAUGUACACUUAGUGAAGGGGGGCGAACAUCGGGCUAAUGCAAGUCACGUUGCGAAUGGUGAGGUGUCUCCUCUUCAAACACCCAGCAUGGAGGUUUCUAAAGGAGCUGAUAAAUGGAGGCCAAAAUAUGAAGUGGAUGCAAGAAAAUCUCUCAAAUCAUGCCCUGACGCACCCCCACCCACUGUAUCUGAUGGUUACUAUGUCCCUUCAUCUGUGAAUCCCAGUGCCAUUCCCUUGGGGAAAGUGAAGCAGAAUCAUAAGGUGGAAGGUUCAGCCAAAGUCACUCCAAACCAAUGUAAUGGCGUGUCUGCUUCCACUAGUCUCAAUAACUCCUUUGAGAUCAUUCCUGCCACUCCACCAGAUUUUGAAUCCAUUCCAGAAGAUGAUAUCCAGUCAAGAGCAUUAGCAAAUCUUAAAAAGCAAUCCAAGAACUCAUUUGUUGUGAUUCCAAAGAAAAGAGCAGAAACCUCUGUGGCAUACCUUGAUGUUUGUGAUUCUUGGGAAACGAGCAAUAAAUCUGAUGAAGAGCCAAAACCUGACAUUAGUGCAUCCAUUCCCACUGAGAUUCAAACAGACAUAAUUUCAGCUAUUUCACAGGAAAUAAGUAGCCCAUCUGACUGUGAUCAGGGAAAAGAAGAAAUGCUAUCGGAUGCAGAAUCUUCUCCCUCACACGAAGAUUUUGAUAUGGAUAACUUUAAUAAGCCUACAUUCAUGGGUAGUUAUAGCAUUGCUUCCAGGCACACAUCAUUUUCACCUGGGGAAGAAACUUCGAGCAUAUUGCCUACAGAGUUGCCAGAGGCAGAGCAGAAUGACGAAACUAGUGUGACAUUAAUUAGAAAAGGUGAUCUCCCUGUUACUAAUAUAGAUGAUAUUUUGGACACUGAAGAAAUUCUUAAACAGCCAGCCAUAGCAAAACCAACAGUAAAAAAAGACAAACCUUCCGACAAAUCUUUUGGUGACCCACAACACCUCUUUAUGCAACGGAAGAGUGGGAAUACAUUUACUGUUGUUCCUCAAAGAAAACCAGCAAACACUGGCCAAGAGGCUCCUGUUGAUACAAAUGGAACUGCUGAGCAGCUAGUUGAAGAUCUUGAUCCGGCAUUUGUUAAACUGGAGGUGUUAUUAAAGAAGCGCUAUCCAGCUGCCGAAGAUAUCCAGGUGAUAGGAGGGUAUCUGUCAUUGGAGAGAUCUUGUCUGUCCAAGAGUGGCUCCACCAGGAAGAAGAUGAAGAUUUCGUUCAAUGAUUCUAGUCUGCACACGACAUUCGAGUACCCGUCUGAGAGCUCGCUAAUUCAAGAGGAUGAUUCUGACGGGAGUGAGGACGAUGAGGAGGAGCGACCCUUGACCACCUUCUUCCCGCGUCCCAGCUACACCAGCUCCCCUACGUCCACCAGCAGCCCCAUGCACUCCAACACCGUCACCUCAGCCCUGUCGAGUUACACGCCUAAACACACGGUGCCCUUCGACACGUGGCAGGAACAGAAACUGAAUGAACCCUUUUCCAGUCGACACAGCUCGAUGCAGGGUGGAGAAUCCACGACAGAGGACAACAUGCUCACACCAACAGACAACAGCUGCCAUUCAGACUACAGCAGUGAACCAGCGCUGUACUUCUGAUCUGAAGCAGGUGUAUCUCGGGAUGGUAACAGUGCUUCUUUAGGGACUAAUGUGCCAGGAGUUGUUCGGAUGGUACAUGCAGGCUACGUGCCAUCUGAGCUGUGGCCAGGACUCCUUCCAGAAACUCACCUGUCUCCUUGUAGCUAUGCAGGUCACACUGCAUGUCCCAGGACCAAGGGUAAUCUUGAAAGAACUUCAGUUUGUUUCUUGACAUUCCUUUGAGUUUCUGCUGCGCCUCCAGGAGUCGUCUCCAGAUUACAGGUGGCACACUGCUGUAUUUAUGUGGCAGCCUUGAAGCACAGAGACCUCUUGCCCCCUGCACCCAAUUUGCUACUUUUGCACUUGCUCUCUAAGGGCUCUGACCUGAUUCUAAAUCAUUCCUGGAUAGGCGGGACCACCAAGGUGAAGCUCUUUCUGGAAGAUGCUGACUACUUCCUCCCUCACCGGAGACUUUACUUUCACCCUGUGUUUUGUGGCUUUGACCACAUUUGUCUUUGAGUAUUGGGACCCUGGUUCCUGUUUCUAGCAUUGACGAUUGCAGUUGCAUUUCACAUUGCAACAUUAUGUAUAUAAUGUAUUUCUCUACUUUGUAAUUUGCAUUGUGCCACUGAUGGGUAUAACUCUUUCCAUUUUCAAUGCUCAUUUCCUGUGUCUUAAAUGAUGUAAUGAACCAUCCCGGCACCUUGGCAUCUGACCACCUCCUGGUGAGGCGUGGAGGCUGAGAACACCAAACCACUCCUUGCAUUGAAGAUGGGAUUUCUAUGGAAAGUCUUUAGUGCCAUGUAUCCACUGGGUAGUUAGGAUAGUGAGAGAGUUGCUCCAUGUACAAGGGCAAGAAUGGAUGCGUGCUGCUGGUGUUCUACCAGAAUGAACAUUUGUUGAUGCCUCGAAGUGAAGCAUCAAAUAUUUGUGUGGUUUCAAAUGAUCAGUCUUCGGGGACAAAGCUCUUCUCAUUUUGGAUCCAUUUAGCCCUAAUACACCUGAAAAAGGUGUAGAAUGGUCCGUGCAAAUGGACCGAUGUAAAAUGCAAUAAAUAACAGCGGGAGUGUUUUAUUUGAGGCAGAAAUAAUUGAAAGACUUUCUGUAGCUCAAUGCCAUCACCUGCAUAUUUCCUGUUGUUGAUUUAGUUCCUCUUGGGUAGUCUAGGAAUGACAUUGCACUCUCAGAUCCUACAAAGAAAAUCUUCAAUUAAGCAAAAUAUGGAUCUGAAAUUGUGCUUCCUGACGGUGGAGAGGAUUGUACUUGUGUGAUGGGGAGAGGGCAGGGGACAUGCUGCUAUCGUUAUUGUCUUGGCAACUACACUGUCUUCUGAAAUGUUGCAGCGCUGAGAGCACCCAAUGCCAAUAAUUCUGAUGCAGCAGUGCCUACUGGAUUUCCUAAAAGGAAAUUAGAAAGAAAAACUAAGGAUUCGGUUUAAUCUCAGCCCAAGGAACCAGAUGGCAGCUUAAAUGUGUGUAGAAAGACAUUUAGUUUGGAUUUGGCAUUGUCUCUGAGUGGAGUGGGAAAGGUGCAAAAUUAGGUUUGUAGGCUGCAUUACGUCUGUCUCACUUUCCACUUUGAUUAGUUAGAAAACAUUGUUAAUUCAAUGCAAUUCAGGGCGAUGAACUGAGAGUGGGAAACUGCAGGAAAUUCCUUGUGACUCAAGGGAAAUUAUCUGCUGUUACAAGUGGAAGUGAAAUGUUUAGUCGAGGGACUAGAUUUUUAUAAUUUUCUGAUUAAAACUAGAUUAAAAUGUUAGAUCAGGACUUGGCAAUAGAACACUGAGUGGUCUUUGGAGUAUAGUUGGCCCUGAUGUUGUAUGGGAAUUUAAUGACCCAUGAAAUAUCUAUCUCUUUAUUCACGCUGAAAUGGAAAACACUGGGACAGAAUGCAACUUAUUUUCUGGGUUUAAGUCAUGCUUGGGCUGAGGUGUACGAAGAAACCUGUUAUUAGCGAUCAUUUGAAGCUAUUGUCAUGUAGUUUUUGCCUUGGUUCUUGGAGUCCAAAAGCACUUGCAUUAUUAUUCAUAAUGAUGGAUUCAUCUCCGUCAGGGUGAUAAAGGUAGUUGUUGAACACAGAGAUAAUCUGCAGUGGUCAGGGAUGGACAUUGUUCCAGUGUUGAACCAGUGUCAUAGUUGUAUGAAAACCACCGAGAGAUGUGUGGAAUUAUUCUCUGCCGACUUGCACUUUACUACCAAACCAUCCACGUAAACUGAGGUCGCAGUCACUGGAUGUGUUACGUCUGCCUGGGGAUAAGCGAGUGUGUGAGCUAACUGCAAGUUACUGAGUCAGCGUUCACGAGCCAGACAUGUACGAGAUCAGGCAAUUGUCGCCAACACCUCAUCCACCUCUGCUCUCGACACCCUUCCCUCUGAGCUUUACUCUAGUCCCAUGGUUUUGUUAUGUGAUACGAAACACACUGGAAAAUUAGAACAAAUCUGGAGAGGUAACUAAGUUAGACUAUGUUGUAAUCAUAGAUUUGUUUCGCAAAAGAUUUCUACGUAAACUAGUGUCUGUUUUAAUGUUUUUGAUGCUGACCACUUAUUUUGAAUAUAUUCUAAUUAUUUAUGAAUGGAGGUGUUUGGGGUUUAGCUAUAGUAAGGUUUAUAUGAGAACUGGGUGCAGUUCCAUAGGCACACGGUGCUCACACCAUCUGACCACUCCCAAGAAUCUUCACCACAUAUGACACACUCCAAAAACAUUCAAACCAACUAACAGCAUUAUUAUAGGAGGAUUUUAUAAUCGGAAUGUCGUAAGCAUAUUAUUAGAAGCUAGAACAUUUGAAAACAGUCUUCUGUGACCGUUGACAUAAAUGACCACGUUUGAUAAAAACUUAACAGAAGAGGGAUGAACACAAAAAGAUUCUGAAAUU